AUGCAGAAGCGAUUGGUUCUCCUCGUGAUAUCUCUGGCCGCCCUCGCCUUGGCCGCCCCUGAAGGACCUCGCCCCACCUACGCCCCGCCCCUCCCUACCACCCCACCCCAGCCUACACGCCCGCCCCUCCCUACCACCCCACCCCAGCCUACACACAGACCUGCUCCGGCCUACACGCCCGCGCCCGCCCCGGCCUACAGACCUGCUCCGGCCUACGCUCCUCCAGCCUCUUAUAGGCCUGCUGCUUCUUAUGAGGCUCCUCCCAAGUACGACUUCAACUGGGUCGUGAAGGACGACUACUCCGGGAACGACUACGGCCACCAGGAGUCCCGCGACGGCUACAACACCCAGGGGUCCUACUACGUGCAGCUUCCCGACGGUCGCCUGCAGAAAGUCACCUACCACGUGGACGGCGACUCUGGCUACGUGGCCGAGGUCACGUACGAGGGACAGGCUCAGUACCAAGCCCACCAGCCUUCGUACCAUCCUACGCCUUCAUACCGUCCUACACAUAGCCCUUCAUACCGCACCACCCCCUCAUACCAUCCUACUCCCUCAUACCCACCCUCACUACCCUUCAUACCACACCACCCCGUCCUACCAUCCUACUACACCUACUUACAGACCAAGACCUACUUACAGACCCACCCCAGCAUACACUCCUGCCCCCGCGUAUGGUUAAGUAUAUUCUAGUAUGCUCCCGCACUCUACGGUGACUUCAAGUAUGUUCAAAGGGAUUAUACCAGAGCGCAAGUAUAUCUUUGGAUAGAAUGGAUAUAUGCUAAGCUUUAUUUGCAUUUGGAAAUAUAUCUCAUGUUUUGGACUAAAAAAUAUUAUAUUCCAAAAUAUGUUUAUGUGUACAGCAAGUAUUAUUUUUUUCUACUUUAUGCUUUUGAGUUUUUCAAACUGUUGGGAUUUUAUAGAUAUUUAUACAUACAUAUUUUUAGGCUUCUGAAGUUGCAAAUAUAAAAAUACUCUUU